AGUGGCGGCUGGUCGGGGCGGAAGAAGGGCUGUCAAGUUCGUCUUUCCAGGCGGGUCAUGGCUCCGCCCGCCGCACCCACACCCGGGCGCCGGCGGUCCCUUUAAGAGGCCCCGGCCUUCCGCCCGCGCGCCUAGGGCCGCCCGCCGCCGCCAUGGCCUCGCAGAGUCUGGAGGACAGGCUGACCUGUGCCAUCUGCCUGGGGCUCUACCAGGACCCGGUGACGCUGCUCUGCGGCCACAACUUCUGCUGGGCCUGUAUCCGGGACUGGUGGGGCCGCUGCGAGAAGGUGUGCCCCGAGUGCCGGGCGCCCUUCCCCGACAACGCCGAGCUGCGCCGCAACGUGGCUCUGAGCGGCGUGCUGGAGGAGCUGCGCGCCCGCCCGGCGCCCGACCCCGGCCCCGGCCCCGGCGCGCGCUGCCCCCGGCACGGGAGGCCGCUCGAGCUUUUCUGCCGCACCGAGGGCCUCUGCGUGUGCAGCGUGUGCACCGUGCGCGAGUGUCGCCUCCACGAGCGGACGCUGCUGGACGCGGAGCGCCGGGAGCGCGAGGCCCAGCUGAGAGCCACACUGGAGGUCACCCAGCAGCAGGCCACCCAGGCUGAGAGCCAGCUACAGGAGCUGCAGCAGCGAAGCAGCCAGAUCCAGAGCUCAGCCUGCACCCUGACCUCCGUGAUCUCUGGCAAGUUCAGCCACCUGCUGCAGGCCCUGGAGAUGCAGCGGGACUUGGCUCUGAGGGACAUCGAGGUGGCCAAGACACAGGCGCUGGAACAGGCCCGGGACGAGAAACAGCGACUGCAGGGCCACCUGGAGGCUUUGUCUUGCUGUGACCACAGGAUUCGCAACCUCCUGGAGCAAUUGGAUGACCGGACCUUCCUCCAGGAAUCACAGCUCCUGGCGCCCCCAGGCCCUCUAGGGCCACUGACUCUUCCACAUUGGGACGAAGAUCAGCAGCUUGGUGGCCUGAAGGAGUCACUGAGCCAGCUGUGUGCCCUCCUCCUGGAAGAGGGGGGCCACCCCGGAGCACCAGCCGAGGCUGCUGACUUGGGCUCCAUGGCAGCCCCAGGUCCCCUGGCACCAGUCCUGAGCCUCGUUUGUCCACUGAGGAGGAAACUCCGGCAGAAUUAUCGCAACCUGACCUUCGACCCCGUCAGCGCCAACCGUCACUUCUGCCUGUCUCAGCAGGACCAGCGGGUAAAGCACUGUCGCAAGCCCCAGGGCCCAGAUGGGCCGGGCAGCUUCGAGCUCUGGCAGGUGCAGUGUGCCCAGAGCUUCCAGGCCGGGCGGCACUACUGGGAGGUGCGCGCAUCCAACCACUCGGUGACGCUGGGCGUCGCCUACUCGGAACUGACGAGGCGCAAGCUGGGGCCCCACAUGGACAACAUCGGCCGCGGGCCCAGCUCCUGGGGGCUCUGCAUUCAGGAGGACAGUGCCCAGGCCUGGCACAACGGGGAGGCCCGGCGCCUCCCAGGGGUAUCAGGGCGGCUCCUGGGCAUGGAUUUGGACCUGACCUCUGGCUGCCUCACCUUCUACAGCCUGGAGCCCGAGACCCAACCCUUGUAUACCUUCCAUGCCAUCUUCACCCGGCCCCUCUACCCCGUAUUCUGGCUCCUCGAGGGUAGGACCCUGACCCUGUGCCAUCAGCCCGAGGCCAAGCUCCCUCCAGGGCUCCAGGAAGAGGCCUCAGGGCUCAGCUGAGGAAGGCACGGGAUGGAGCUCGGGGUCAGGACCAGGUGCCACCAGGCCUGUGGGCCCAAGAACUGCCCCAGCCCCUGGCCUGGGGGCCUGAGGCCACAGCUCUCACGGGACCAGUUGUUGGCCGGAAGACCGAGUCAGGACCAGGCACUUGGAGAGAGAGGUGGGUGGAGCCUCCAAACUGGAGUUUACCUUUCCAGCCUCUCUGAAGGGGACAGGGGCUAAAGGAAGUAAAAUGGGAGCCCAGUUCUAGGCACUGCCUGGACCUCAGAGGCUAGUGCAGUGCCCAGGGCUCCUGGUCCUUUAGGAGAGCGAGUGUGGUGCGGGACACACCACAGAGUGGGACAGACAAAAUCAUACAUGCAACAGCCCCAGUGUAGACCGAGGAACAAACGAUUCCUAGAGGAAAUCUUGGGAAAAUUGAUAUUUACCUUUUCCCGCCUCAUCUUUCUCUCUUUUCUUUUGUUAUUUUCCUUAACAUUUGGUAUAUUUUGGUCUUUUUCUCCUCUACUUUGUACAUCCUUGUGAUCGUAUUCUAUAAACAAUUGUGUUUUCUG